AAGCACAACAGACUGUAGACCAGACAUUGGUUUGGAAACAGAAAACUGUUAUGAAGAGGAAUCAUGUCACAUGAGUCGAUGUUACAGCCGCACCAGCCUUAUGACAAGUCUGAUGUCAUAGAAGGCCGUCUGACCAAUCAGGAGCGUACGAUGAGCGUGCUGCUUGAGCAGGCGUUGAGGAUCAAGGAGGAGGUGGUGGCCAGUCUGCACUUCACCCAGGGCUCUGUCCAGUCAGAGACCUCCUCUCGCAGGCUGCUGGAGAGUCACAUCCUCACCAUCACGCACAUCGUCAAACAGCUCAGCACUGACAUACAGGUUCUGAAGAGUCAGAUAGCCCAGCGGGACAGUGUCACCUCUGGGACCUCGUUUGCUAUGCAGAGUCUGGAUCACAAAAACCUGGCUGGUUUUGGAGACCUCCGGGGCAGGGUGGCCAGGUGUGACGCCAGCAUUGCCAAGCUGUCAGGUGAUGUGAGCGACAGGGCACAUGAGAUCGCCAGGCUCCAACAGGAGCUGUCAGAGGUCAAGUCAGGUCUGGGAGAGCGACUGAGAGAGAUGGACACCAAGCUGUCUCAGGCAGUUAGCAGACUGGAGUGUUGCUGGUGGAGCACACCCACGACCAGAGAAACAGCUGGACUGACCUGCACAGCCAAAUCAAGCCCUGGAGGACAAAAGCUCUGGGGUGGUAAGGGAGACGAGGGAGGACACAGACAGACUCAGGACGUGGACAGAGCAACAGCUAAGCAGCUCAGCACAGACACACAGACAUGGCAGUGAGGUGCUACGGUCACUACUGCAGGACAAAAUGGUGGAGGUGGAUGGGAGGCUCAGUGAGCAGGUCAGGCUGCUGUCAGUCCGUGUGGAGAGAGCAGAGAUUCAGCUGGAACAGGAGCACCAGGGAGACAGGGUGAAGCACUCGAAGAGAAAACUCCACAGUAGGAUCAGCACAUUGGAGACCAGCCUCCGGGAAGAGCUGCAGCUGAUCAAACAGGACUACCAGUCAGGUCGCUACUUACACCCUCACUAACACUGUCAAUACCAGAGACAGGAGACCUUUACCAGGAAAAAUUCUGGGUAUUCGGUAUAACUUAUAUACGGUGUGGAUGACUGUCACAAUAGGGAUCAGCGAAGGAACGAUAAAUAGGACAACUGGGCAGGUGCAUUAAAGACCUAGAUCCAAUGGCCUACAUUAGCAAUGAGCUCUCAGCUUGUAUUUCUUUGGCAAAGUUAAAUUACACACCUCACAGUUGUUUGGGCCUGUUCUGAUUAAGUAGGCCUGAUUAAGUGCCACCUGAGCUCAGAAACGAAUUGAGAAUGGUGCCUUUUGGAGCAGAUAGACAAUGAGCGCACAACCGAAGCAUAGUUACAGCAGUGACAAACAUCGUCUUUCAUGAGACAUCAGGUAAGUCAAACGUGUGAAAUAUCUAUUUAUUUAUUGGGGUUUCCAUAAACAGGGUCUAGUCAAAUCGAUCCACUCGAUGUGACAUGAAAUCAAAACCAAAAGAAACCGAUGGAAGGUGACAAAUGAAAAUGUAACAGGCCCUUCCACCAAGCCUUCAAGCAUGGAGUUGAGGCGAUGUUAUCUAUGUCCCUAUCUCUCUGUUAAUAAGUCAUGGGGCGGACGUAGGCACGGCAGCCUGUUGUUGGGUUGACAUCUAAUGCCAAUUUUCUGAUCCCAGUUUAUAGUUAAUUUCCCCAAGGAGCUGAUGUUGGCUCUAAGGCCUUCACUCGGCAGGGCUUCUGAAACCCUCGUGAAAAAGGCGAAGGGACAGCUCAGUAAAUAAAACUAGCAAUAAACCCAGGGAUGAAUCACGCCUCAGUCUCAGCUUUAAUAAGGCUGCGAGGCUAGCGCUUCAGACCCCUCGAUCGUUCACUCUGUCUUCAGAGGAACGGAAGGGAAAAGAGAGGGGGGGGACAAUGCAUAAUUGACAAGGUUCUUAAUGUUCAACACACAGCAGCAGCAGUAAGGCAGAGCCUAUAGGAGAGUCUACAAGGCUGUAAGUCAUGUUGUAGGGACUGACUCUCCUUAUCCCCCACCUCUCUGACGGCCAGGGUUCCAGUCUACCCAUGAUGCCAUAGACUCGCUGAGGCAGAUCGGUGACACCAAAGCCCGGCUGGACAAGGAGAAGCUGCAAAAGGACAUCAAACAAAUCCGCAGGAAGAUGGUGGAGCUGAGAGAUGUGUGACACCACAGGUCACACUGGAGUAUGGUACUGCAUGGUUACACAGACCAGUAAUAAAAUGUCAUACUCAAAAUUGUAUAUGAUCUUGAAUGACACAGAAGUCCAUGAUUACUGGGAUCCACAUGGUAUAUUAAAGGAAUUAGUAUGGAAUGCUUCCACUUUGAAACAUUUUCAAAUCACUGAUUUAAUACCAAAAAUAGAAUGUAGUUAAUCUGAAGAAAAUCUUGAUGUUAUUAUAUCUCAUCUGAAAUUAAUAAAGUUCAUCAUGAAAGUACAACUUAGUAAUAUUGACACAAUCAAGCAUGAGAAUGUAUUUCCAAAUGUACCUGUCAUCUCAAAAUGCCAGAAUGUCUUGUUCAGGUACUGUGUCAAGAGCUGAAGGGUAUAGUAUUUCAUAUAAUUGCAGCACUAUAUUUCAGCAAAAUGUAUCUCACUUCCAGCUCCUAUGUCAAGGAAAAAACAGUUGACUGUUGCGAUGAAGCCAAACGUCUGCUCUUUCGAGUUGUUACAGUUGCAAGCCCAGUUGCAACUGUUGCAACAAUCUAUUGUUGUCUACGAAUUGUCUCUGGAAAUCGCCUGCACAAAUGUCUAGCCUGCUCUAGUUGUAAAUCCAACUUGUUCAAGUUUUCACUGUACAUCCUGAAAUGCAAGAUACACAGCAGUGCUGUGCAAAAUUAUUUGCCCCCUUUCAAAUUUUCUCCAACUUUUGCAUAUUUGUAAUACUGAAUAUUCUCAGAUCUUCAACCAAAACCUAAGAUUAGAUAAAGGGAACCUGAGUGAAAAGAUAACACAACAAUGACAUACAGUACCAGUCAAAAGUUUGGACACACCUACUCAAUUAAGGGGUUUUCUUUAGAUUUACUAUUUUCAUUUUUUUUUUAAAUAAUAGUGAAGAAAUCAAAACUAUUAAAUAACACAU